AUGGCAUUUAUAAAUCAUUUGAAUGAAGUUUAUGAGCUUGCUCAGGAGGAUAGUGAACUUGGGAGAGCUAUUAGACGUGCGCUCAAGAUUAUUGAAGAUGGACUUGAACGUUAUGGGUAUAGUUUGUCGCUGUACUACACAUUGUUGAAGACUAAAGCUACUUUUUACUUACUGCAAUUGUGUGCUGCCUACUUUUUCUACGCUAGAUCAAAGGGACUAUCUUUGGCAUUCAAUGGAGGAAAAGAUUGUACAGUUCUCCUUCACCUCUAUGCUGCUGUAUUGCUUAGAAAUACAUCUUAUUCGUCGUCUUCGUCCGCAUUGCUUACUGUCUACAUAACUCAACCAAAUCCCUUUCCAGAGGUGGAAGAAUUUGUUGAGAGCACAAUAAAACGGUAUGGAUUAGACUUGAUCGCAAUAGAGGGACCCAUGAAGCAAGCUCUUAGUGUGUACUUGGAAAAGAGGCCAAGUGUUAAGGCCAUCUUGAUUGGGACUAGGAGGAAUGAUCCGCACGGAGAACGUUUGAAGGAUAAUAUUCCAACUGAUCCCGGGUGGCCACCGUUUAUGCGGAUAUAUCCUAUCCUCGAUUGGAACUAUACACAUGUAUGGGAUUUUCUUAGAAGACUCAAAGUGCCAUACUGUAAAUUAUAUGAUUUAGGGUAUACUUCAUUAGGUAGCAUAGACAAUACACAUCCAAACCCUGAUCUUCUUAAUCCAAACCAACCAUGCGGAUUCGAUCGCGCAUGGAAGUUAACUGAUGAAACUCGGGAGCGAUGUGGACGCUAUUGA